AUGCCUUGUUCAUGGAUCUACAUCUCCUUCCUUUCCACUUGUAUCUGCACAGUUCAUGCCUUUUCUUUCUCAAAUUCCACAACUGUUUCCUACACAGAUCAUUGCUCUUCUGUAGUGCCUCAAUCCAUCCCAAAUAACUGCACUUACAAAAACUUUAUACCGCGUUUCAUCACACCUCAUUUCACCGGUGGAGAGAGCCUCAUAGGCAGGAAAGCAGGGAACCAGCCCAAUCAAAAUCUUGCCAAAUCUCUCUUACUUGAAUUUCAACCAAAAUUCAAUGGAACUGCUGAAAAUGGCAUCUACAAGGUCGAGGCCUUAUUGCAUAUCAUGUAUGCAUUCCCGUUUUAUCACAUCCCCGGAUACACAGGAUCUUAUUACGAAACCACUAGAGAUCAAGAGGCCAUCACAUUCUUGCUGGAGGGCUUCUGGUCCCAGAUUUCUGGGAACCUUUGUAUGGUUGGAUCUGCUUAUUUGGAGCUCGAGGGGGGCUGCUGCGUCAAUCUGGAUGCUGUUCUUAAGCUGAACUACGCAGCUGAAGAUAAUCCGUCUGUGUAUACUAGUCUUAUAAGUGGGACUUUACACAGCACUCUAUUUGCUGGUGAUCUAGCUUACUUUGAUCCAAUCUUGAUAUACAAUUUUCCUGUUUUUCCCAACUAUACCUACUCCCUGGUCCCAAAAGAACUCAAUAGCAUGUUUCUGAAUGAUUAUGUCUUCCCAAAAGAUCGGUCCCUCAGUUUGGAGUCGUCUAGUUUCUGCUCGGUGGUAACAGCAGGACAGGCUUUCUUGGAGUUGGAGUAUGCAGUAGAGUGCUCAGAUUCUCAGCAUUGUUCUCCACUUGGUGAUAGGUUCUCUCAAUUCUUGCCUCCCUUUCUUUACAUGCUCCCUUUGCAGUGUUGUGAGGAUAAGAGAGAGCUUAGAUACUUGGCAAAAUUUCGACAUAACAACUUUGCUUACAACAAAACUUUUAACCUUGAUUGGACUCUGAUUGUGGAGGCAUCAUGGGAUGAUGAGACUAAUCAGUUGUUUGGUGCCGCGUGUCAGAUCUUGAAUCCGGCCGACCAUUUUGGGAAUGCCGUGGGAGAUUGCACAAUGAGGCUUAGUCUGAGGUACCCUUCAAUCUUGGAUAUCAGAAAUGAGGCCAGAAUUGUUGGACAAAUUUGGAGCUCCAAAACUGCUGAGGAGUCUGGCUACUUCAGAAGGAUCAGCCUCACCGAUACUUCUGAGAAUCGCGUGGUGGCACUGGGCCACAGAUAUGAAUACACAGAGAUGGAUAGAGCGAGGGAGUCGUGCCCCGUGAAGAAGUUUGAGAAGAAUGGGAAAACAUAUCCAGUUGGGAACUCUUAUACUAUGUCUACAAGAUUUGAUGUUUUUGUUGAAGGCCAAAAAUGUGGUUGGGGUUCUGCUGUGCCUUUUUGUGUUGGAGCUGAAAUUUUUGAAGUGGAUCCUAGGGCACAGCCUGAGCCUAUGAUCAGAUCAGAAAAUGCCCUUUUCAAUAUAAGCUACAAAAUAAGCAUCAAUCUGUAUUCUGAGGCGAAGUGGCCCAAGAUUAAUCCCCAUCGCGAAAUGAUCAUCACAGCUGAAGGAGAGUAUGAUUCUGAGACUGGAUAUGUUUGCAUGGUGGGGUGCAGAAAGUUGAGGCCACAGAUUCAAAGUGGCUCAACUUAUGCAGCAGUAGACUGUGACAUAGUUGUGAAGUUUGAGUUUGAUUCCUUGGAUAACAAUGGUGCCUUUCUUAAAGGGAGCAUCGAGAGCACAACAUCACAAGCAGAUCCUCUCCAUUUCCCGGAUUUGAGCCUCCUGUCACCCUUCCCUCAUCAUGACUUUGAAGUGAAUCUACCUCCGACGUGGAGAUUGAACGUAGAACUGAGCAUGCUCGUGACAUCCAACGCGCUCUCUUGCCUCUUCGUGUGGCUGCAGAUUCGCCAUGUGAGACGACACACUGAGGUGGCCUCUUCCAUUUCUCUCCUCAUGAUCCUAAUUCUGUCUCUAGGCCACAUCAUCAUAUCAGUAGCUUUCAACUUCAAAAUCCUGUUUCCCAGCAACCAAAAGGAGCAGACAUUCCAAGAUAGCUUACUAAAGAAUGAUAAAGUAGCAUCAAUGGUGAUCUCCGUGAUAGAAUUCGCUCUGCACAUACGCCUAUUCUACGUCGUUUGGAAUGCAAAAUCAAAUCAAGGAGGCUCGUGGAUACGUGAGAGAGCAGCCUCGCUCGUCUCAGUGUCGCUCUGCAUUUCUGUGGGCUUGCUCAGCUCAAGGCCGUAUGCAGGUUUGAUGUUGGACGGAUUUCUUCUUCCGCAGAUUCUGCUCAGUAUUUUGGGAGAUUCAACAGAGAAAGCUCUGUGUGCUGCGUUCUAUGCUGGCAUGAGCGCAGUUCGAUCAGCGCCCCAUGCAUAUAACCAGUACAGGAAACACAAUUAUCCAGCUUUGUCCAAUGUUGAUCAAACUUUCUAUUAUGCAAAUCCAGCUGCAGAUUUUUACUCAGCAGCUUGGGAUGUGAUCAUUCCUUGUGGUGUUAUCGCUUUGGCUGCGAUCGUGUUUCUGCAGCAGCGGCAUGGCGCCCGCUGUCUUCUUCCUCCAAGAUUCAAAGCUCUGCUCCAGUGGAAAUAUGAUUCGAGACUCAUGUAA